AAACACGUGACCUGAGUUGGUGGUUGUUUUUCCACACUACAAAAGAAAGAAAUCCAGCAAGCUUAGGUGAAAUUGUUGGGUCACUGAAAGGUACAAUGAUCCUCCUGACAAGCUGGAUUCCUGUCCUAACUACGUUUCUGCUUCUCUUACAUUUUUGGAGAGCAAAGGUCUCUGCCUCUGGAACAUCUGAGGAGGAGGUAAUAGACCCCAAGUAUGUUAUCAUAGGAGUUACCCUUGGAGUCUUCCUAGCAAUUGGUUUUUUAGCACUAAAGAUCUGCAUGAUCAAAAGGCAAUUGACUGACAAUGAUUUUGUAGAUUCAGACAGAGUGGAUAAAAGGUCACACGUGGAAUCAGCUGCGAUGAGGUAUGUUCUGCAGAAGCAGCCAGGUGGGAAGAGCUCAAGGUCUUCCUCCGAUCUGAUGCAGCAGGAAUUGGGGGGCGGUGGGUGUAACACAGAGUCUUUGGUGGCAGCCUGGAGUCAGAUAUAAAGAAGCUGAGGAGUAUUUCUAAAGCUGCAUCCAGAGAAGUCGUCAAUUCAUAAGAACAGCAAAAUACAACUGACCUCUAGCCAUUUUGGAACGGGGUACAUUCAGACUGGACAUUUAACUACUGCUGUACCUGAUCUCUGCAUCAAUGGAAGACCUUUGUCCAUGGGGCUGUCUCACCAGCCCCAAAUUCAAUUUUUUGAAAAAGUGAACCGAGUAACUGAUUACAGGAAAGGCUUUAUAGUGUGCACAACCUAAGGUUAUCUCUGCACUCAAAACACAUUGUGCACUCAUAUCAUGUGCCUGAGGAGAAUGCAUGAUGGAAAUACACAUGAGAUAGGCUUUGUUCAUUAACAGGUCCUGUAUGGGCUAUGAUAAAUAUAUGAUUUUUU